AUGUCGGCCAACGUAUACGGCAGUCUACAAGCAGCCCAAUACCCUAUACAAAAUAGGACCGACCAACCACAUAUAACGUUGCCGAAAUACUUCUUUUAUGGGAGGGUUGAGACCACUGUGAAAUGUGUAGCAGCGGCUGGUAUUGUCGCCACCGUGGUGAUGUUAUUGACCUGCAAACUGUGGACAGACCCCGAUGCAACUUAUGCUGGGCGCAUGGGCUUCAAGCAAGUCUUCGCUAGUCUAGACGAAGAAUCUGAUAUGAGUGAUGCAUUAUACGUCGUGGUCACGGACUGCAGCAACGGGGCCACCAAGGCUACACGAUACGUCUAUGGCUAUCAACCUGGCACUUUAAGCAGCAUAAGUAUGAUACGAAAGGAAUCAACUGAGGCGACGGGUACGGCGUCGACGAGUUCUAGCUCCAGCACAUCAGGAACCAACUCGGAGAAACCCAGCAGCUAG